CUGGAAAAGAUUGUGGGAUACUGGGAGAUCAAGAAGGAUUACUGAUAGAGAUCAUAGAGGGCUGGGAGUGGCCAAUCAAAGAUCUGAAGAGAAUGAUGCACUAUGUGCUGAACUGGGAGGGAGAGGAACAGGACUACUGGGGGAACUGGGAAGACGGGUAGAGACCUCAUCAGGGCGUGAAAGAUGUAGGAUGGGAAAGCUCUUAAAAAGAGGAAUUAAAGAAAAGACUGCUGGGCCAGAGAAGAGAGUAAGUGAGAGGAGCAAAGAUGGAAUUGGAAGGGGCUUCAGAAGACGAGUGGGGAGGGGGGGAUCCAACGAGAGAAUGAGAGAGAGAGAGAGAGAGAGAGAGAGAGAGAGAAGGGAGGAGGCCAGGCGGCCAGGCUUCACUCUUAAACACUCGCUUGCUCGCUCAGCUCCAGCACUGCACACAGCUUCCUCGCUCUCUCUCUCUCUCUCUCUCUUCUCGCUUUGGGACAAGGCUGGACCCCCGAAUGCUCCGCCCCCUCCACGGAGACCUGCCUGACCCGGCUUAACUAGCAGGUCACUGCUGUCAUCCACCUGAGCUCUGGAAGAGUGGCUCCAUCACAGAGCUGGAUGACUGUGCGCCGUGGUAACAAACUCACCAUAUCGAUACAGGAGCACAUGGCCAUUGAUGUCUGUCCCGGUCCCAUCAGACCCAUCCGGCAGAUCUCCGAUUACUUCCCCCGCUACUCCCCCACCGGGCCUGGCCCACAGUCAGCAGAUGGAGGCCAAAGUCCAGCAGAGGGCGCCCUGCAGCAGGAGGGCCCAGGAGUGAAAGAUGGCCGACUGGGGGCCCAGCGUAGUCUGACAUCCUCGGCAGACACGUCGGCUGAAAUAGACAGCUGUGACAGCGAUGACUCGACAUCCUUGGGGACCCUGGAGUUCACCCUCCUAUAUGACAGGCACACGAGCUCCCUGCACUGCACCAUCAUCAAGGCCAAGGUAAGAUGGCCCUCUGUCUGUCUGUCCGUUCGUCUGUCUGUCCAACAAGUCCUCACUCACCUUUCUCUCUCCCAGGGACUGAAGCCCAUGGACUUCAAUGGACUGGCUGACCCCUACGUCAAGCUGCACCUGCUGCCCGGCGCAUGUAAGGCCAACAAGCUGAAGACACGGACUGUGCGCAACACGCUGAACCCCAUGUGGAACGAGACGUUGACAUACGUGGGGAUCACCGAGGAGGACAUGAGUCGCAAGACUCUGAGGGUGUCGGUCUGCGACGAGGACAAGCUGACCCACAACGAGUUCAUCGGCGAGUCUCGUGUUGCCCUCCGGAGACUGAAGCCCAAUCAGGUGAAGCACUUCAACAUCUGCCUGGAGCCCCAGGCACCGCUCUCAUCCCCUUCAGCAAUGUCCACUGCUCUCAGAGGGAUUUCCUGCUACCUAAAAGAGCUGGAGCAGGCUGAGGAGCGCCCCCUGGAGGAGAGGGGCCGGCUGCUGCUCUCCCUGCAGUUCAGCACCCAGCGAGGUGGCCUCAUCGUUGGCAUUAUCCGCUGUGCCCACCUGGCAGCCAUGGAUGUGAAUGGCUUUUCAGAUCCUUAUGUGAAAACGUACUUGAAACCGGACACACAUAAGCGGUCCAAACACAAAACUGUGGUGAAGAAAAAGACCCUGAAUCCCGAGUUCAAUGAGGAAUUUUUCUACGAGAUCAGCCACGAUGAGUUGACCAGCAAGACCCUGGAAGUAACCGUGUGGGACUACGACCUCGGCAAGUCCAACGACUUUAUAGGCGGGGCGACUCUGGGUCUUAACGCCAAAGGUGACUGCCUACGACACUGGUUCGACUGCCUGAAGAACAAAGACCGCAAGGUAGAACAGUGGCACACGCUGACCAACGAGCUGCCGGGCUCCGCGUUCAGCGACUGACUGAAUGGCGAGCUGAGCUGUGGACAGUGCCGGGGGCUCCUGCUUCUCUCGCUCUCGGUUAGUGAUGUGCCCAGUGGCACACUCGGAGAGCGAACGGCGACGAAUUGUCGGAUGUGGAAUUCAAAAAACAAAAAGCGCUACUUUGCCACUCAUUUUUCCAAGAUAUUUUUGGGCGUGGACGAAACCCAAUCUCAUCCGCGGGGAGAGCGGUUUAACUCAGCAGGGCAUUCGUCGGUAACAUGCAUUGGAAGAAAUUACGCUUGGAAGAUUCCUAGAUAUUUUUCCUAGACAGAGUUUAAAGAAGACAAGACGAGUGGAAUAUUCACCCGUGAAGCUUAAAACGGCACAGCCGCUCGGGUCGCCCACCCCCCGAGUGAUCAGCUUCUUCCAAGUCGUGUGUCACUACCGGAGAACGUCUUUAAAUGGCCACUCGUUGGCAGCAUGUCUCGCUAUCUCGUGGUCCGACCCCGAACGAGUGUCAUAGCCCGAAAUAAUAAUUUAAAAAACACACAAACAGUACAAGAAAAGUCAUUCUGCUAAUGUGCGUCGUCUGUAGCUGCUAAGCGGUGCCGAGCCGAGCCGAGCCGAACGCUGACACGUGCUUCCAGACUUCUCUGUCGUCUCUUUGUGAAUUCGUGCCAAUCUGUGCUGAGGGCACCGUGCCGCAUGCACCUGCCUGGCCCGGGAGGGACGCCCCCCGGGGGUCUUUUCUCUCGUGUUUGAGUGCUCCUCGUUCUAAAUGUUGUCCCAGUGCCUUUGCUAACAAUGAUUUAUCACUAUUGUUCUGAUAACAGAUUCUUUAUUGUACUUUUUUAUUAUUAAUAUUAUUCUUGAUAUUCUCGUGUGCCUGUUGACCGUUUGUGAAUAUGCAAAUUACGAUCAGAGUCUUUCUAUGUAUGCUUCCCUUUUUUCCAGAAUGACUUCAUGUAUAAGAAUAAAUCGUGCUGAUUGCUCA